UUGUUGCAAAAUCCUUUUUAGUGCUUGUAAGCACUGCAAUUUCUUACUGUUAAGUAUUUAUCGAUAAACAUGGCAGUUGAGUUGGCAACACUUUUCGCGGCAGGAAUGACAAUACAAUUUCAGUGUGAAAUAAGUGAAUAUUAAGAAGAUUUAAUUAAACAGCAAUAUGGCACGUCGUUAUGAUUCGCGGACAACCAUCUUCUCCCCAGAAGGUCGACUAUAUCAGGUGGAAUAUGCUAUGGAAGCUAUUUCUCGUGCUGGCGCUGCCUUAGGUAUACGCGCAGACGAUGGUAUUGUUAUAGCUGCAGAAUGUCACACUACAAGUCCAUUAUUAGACAAUGAUAUUUUUCAGGACAAAAUUUACAAAAUCAAUGAUCAUUUAUGUGUUGCUGUUGCUGGUAUUACAUCGGAUGCCAACGUUUUAGUAAAUGAAAUGCGCUUAAUUGCCCAACGUUAUCAAUAUAAUUAUGGUGCACCAAUACCGGUUGAGCAACUGGUCUCACAUUUGUGUGACAUCAAGCAAGCAUACACACAAUAUGGUGGUAAGCGUCCAUUUGGUGUAUCGAUCCUUUACAUGGGGCACGAUAGGCGUCAUGGAUUUCAACUCUAUCAAUCAGACCCCAGUGGCAAUUAUAGUGGUUGGAAUGGCACCUGCAUUGGUAAAAGCUUUGGUGUAGCUAUGUCUAUGUUAAAGACAGAACUUGCAAACCGUUAUGAUAACGUCGAAAAUCCUCUUAAAACUGAAGAAGCUAAGAAAAUCGCUAUCAAGGUGUUAGCUAAAAGCAUGGAAGGUAUUAAUGCAGAAAAAGUGGAAAUGGCAGUUACCACUCUAGGGAGUAAUUCACGCCCUAUAAUUAAAAUGGUCCAAAAAGAAGAAAUCGCACAAUUGAUAGCUAAACACAAUGAAGAGGAGGAAGAAAAGAAAGCGUCAACGUCAGGGUCAAAUUAGAAUUAGAUGUUCGAAUUUUCUAUCUAAUAAUAUUUUGUGUUUCGGAAUUAAACGUAAUUAUUAAAAGUAAAAAUAUCAGUGAACGAUUUUAUGUAUUUAGAAGAUUUACGAUACAUGCUACUAUAUUAUCCACAAGACAAAAGGAAUAACUUAGGGUUAUGCAAGAAUGAACGCGCUGUGGAUUUUGUAUUCAACGAAGUUAUCAACUACUGAUUGUAUAUAUAAUAUAUUUGUAUGCGUAUUGCCGAAAUAUAGGAUAUCACGCAUUCAAAA